UCUGCGUGGCUUCUGCCAUCCGUCGUUUGUCAGCCUUACUGACUUAUAUAUAGGGCCAGUGCAAACACAGCAUCUCACAAGUAGAGUGUGAUGUCAACUUCUCUCCAUUGGUGUUUUAGGGACAGUUAACGGUGUGGUAUUGAGUGUUUAUGACGACUAAGGAUGGGUAUAUUCAAAACAAGGAUGGUCAGUGGGAAUUUAAAUAUGACUGUUUUGCCAAAAUAGUUGUAGCGAGACCCCCGCUAAGAACACUUGUUACGGUGUAUAUACGGGCCAGAUAAGGGCGGCUGAGGAGGAUCGAUUUGAACUGACUGUGUGAGAACAGCUGUGUUCAGUACUCUCCACAGGCAAUUACAGAAGUGUCGCGGUAUAACUGGACAUGCACGUGAAUUACAGUUUAUAAAAAAAGUCACCAUGGACUUUUCGGGGAAUACGUCCGAGUUCAACAUGACUCCUAGUUCAGCAGACGAGCAUGACUAUAAGGAUUUCUACGAUCCGAGUAGCUUUAACUAUCCUCUAGAAUUAGAGGCUCAGCCGUUUAUACAGGUGGUAGCCAAAAUCUCUGUGUAUGCAGUAAUCAUACUGACCGCUCUAGUCGGGAAUCUACUGGUCAUCCUAGUGGUGGUCAAAAACAAGAGAAUGAGGACAACCACCAACUACUUUAUAGUGAACCUGGCCGUGUCGGACCUGAUGGUCAUCGUGUGGUGCUGUUGGGUCUACCUCGUGGAUGAUUUGUCCGAAGGAUGGAUUCUCGGCAAUUUCUUUUGUAAAUUCAACAGCUUUGCUCAAGGUAUGUCACUUCAAGUUACACUAAUUUUAGGUAUCAAG